GGUGUAUUGAAUGAGACAUACAUUCAGUUAUUAAUAGACUAUUGAAUCACUCGUUAAGUCAUUGAAUACACGAUUCAGUCAUACAUUUAAUGCUUAAUUAUUGGCUCGUAUUUUGUACUAAAAGUCUAUUUAUUUGUCAUUCGUGUGGACACAAGAAGUGGUGAGUGAUGUUCAGUUGGCUGAGUGCUAGUAAUGACCGCAAACGACAGCCCGAGCUCUUCAUAAAUGUGGUCGAAGGCCUCAAACGGAUCUAUAAGUCGAAGAUCCUUCCUCUGGAAGAGCACUAUCUGUUCCAUGAGUUCCAUUCCCCUCCUCUGGAAGACGCCGACUUCGACGCCAAACCAAUGGUUCUGUUGGUCGGGCAGUACUCGACCGGAAAGACCACUUUCAUUAAGUACUUACUCGAGAGGGACUUCCCGGGCAUACGGAUAGGUCCGGAGCCGACGACCGACCGGUUCAUCGCUGUCAUGCAUAACGACUCGGAGGGAGUGAUUCCGGGCAACGCUCUGGUGGUGGACCCGAAGCGUCAGUUCCGACCUCUGGCUAAGUUCGGCAACGCUUUCCUAAACCGUUUGCAGUGCUCUCAACUGAACUCUCCUGUCUUGGAGUCGAUCACAAUAGUGGACACUCCGGGCAUACUGUCCGGUGAGAAGCAGAGAGUGGAUCGCGGAUAUGAGUUCACAGGAGUGUUGGAGUGGUUCGCCGAACGGGUGGACCGAAUAAUUCUGCUUUUCGAUGCCCACAAACUGGACAUUUCCGACGAAUUCCGGCGAUCUAUAGAAGCGUUGAGAGGACACGACGACAAGAUCCGGAUUGUGCUCAACAAAGCAGAUAUGAUAGACCAGCAGCAGCUCAUGCGGGUCUACGGGGCACUCAUGUGGUCGUUGGGCAAAGUGCUCAACACUCCAGAGGUGGCCCGUGUCUACAUCGGCUCCUUUUGGGACGAACCGCUCAGAUAUGACUACAACCGCAAGCUAUUCGAAGCCGAAGAACAGGACCUUUUCGGUGAUAUCACAAGUCUUCCGCGGAAUGCUGCGCUCAGGAAACUCAACGAUUUGAUCAAAAGGGCACGACUUGCGAAGGUUCACGCGUAUAUCAUAAGUUCCUUAAGAAAGGAAAUGCCGUCCGUUUUCGGCAAAGACUCCAAAAAGAAAGAAUUGAUUAAACAUUUGGGAAAUAUAUUCACUGAUAUUGAACGCGAAUACGGAGUUCCCAUCGGAGACUUUCCAGACUUAAACGAAAUGCAGGAAAAACUAUUACAUCACGACUUCACGAAAUUCCAUCCCUUGAAGAAACCACUUCUCGAUGCCGUCGACUCCAUGUUGGCCAACGAUAUCGCCAAACUCAUGGCAAUGAUUCCACAGGAACAAAUUGAGACCAAAGAAGAGACGGUCGUAAAGGGCGGUGCGUUUGAAGGCGCGAAAGAGUCGCCGUUUGGAUAUAUGCGCGGCGAAGGCAUAGACGCGGGUUCUCUGGACAAGGAGUGGAUCGUCGAGAAGGACCGACCGAAAUACGACGACGUAUUCAAUAGCCUGGAACCGGUCGACGGCAAGAUUACCGGUGCGAUGGCGAAGGCAGAGAUGGUUAAAUCAAAGCUACCGAACAGUGUUUUGGGCAAAAUCUGGAAACUCUCGGACUUGGAUCGCGACGGUAUGCUUGACUCGGAUGAAUUUGCGUUAGCCAUGCAUUUGGUGCAAAUCAAGCUCAACGGUCAUGACUUACCACAGCAACUGCCCGACCAUCUGAUCCCUCCCUCCAAGCGAACUAUAAAUGGAUCUUAAAUUAUAACACUUAUAGUUCAAGUGCUUUAUAUAUAUGAAGUAUAAAUGAAAUUUUAAUAUAAUUGUAAC